AUGUUUGAUGGACUUGAUUUGGGGCAUGGUAACCGUCUGAAGGUUGCACUUGCACUGUCAAAGCAGAAAUCGGCCUUCACAGACUCCGUGGAGAAAAAGGGCGAUGGUGUAAAUGAUAAAGACGAAGUACAUACUGAUCAUGAAGUAGUUUCCAGGUAAAAGCAAAAUCCUACUUGCAAGUUGAGAGCUUGAAUUGUUUGCUAGGGUCUCAAUGAAAUUAUGUUAAUUAGGAUUUUGACUUGGAAACUUCUGUUAAACAUUUGUGAAGAGACAGCCUUCACAGGGCGAAAGGGGAUUGGCUGAAAUUUGAAAUUAAAACAAGCUCGAUUACUUAUUCAAAAAAAUUACCUCGAGAUCGUAGAGGGUGAGAUGAAGAACUUAACUUAAAGCACGUGGGAAAGUUGUUAGAGCGUGGAAGAAUCAUAAGAGUUCAUCCUAAGAAAAACUACUUCCUCUGGAGUGAAGUGAAAGUUUUAUUGUGUGUAUCGUCAGUAUCCCAGCAGUUUUUUGUUUGCUUGUUGGAAAUAUGGUCAUUGCUCUUGGUUCAAGCCUUUUUCCUUUCACUAGGUCUGCCUUUUUUUCUGUAUGAUACAAUGUUGCGUCAAUAAUUUCAUUUUCUUUUUGUUGUUUCUGUUAUUUGAGUGGUUUAUUAUGACACUAUUUACGUCAUACCACCCUCAUAUCCACAUCUUUUGAUGUUUUUGUUUUUGCCCUAUAACAGUGAACAUAAAGCUGCUCUAGAUGACGUAUCAAGUGUCUUUCCUAAUUCCAAGCUUAUAUCCGAAGGUAACUGAAAGUCUUGGUCAGAUUGAGGUCAAAUUACUUGCUGUUGGUUUCUUACAAAGUUUAACCGAAUAGUCAAUACAGAAGCACGAUUUUAGUAAACUUUGCCCUAAACGCCUUUUACAACCAGACUGUUGACACAGCAUUGACUGAUAUCUUCUUUCUCUCCUCUUCUCCUAAAGGAAGUCCAUGUAGCUUUUGUGGCCAGUUAGGACAUAAAUGGUGCUCAGCGUGCAAAGUUCCGUACUGUAGUCGAGACUGUCAGAGAAAUGACUGGCCGAAGCACAAACACGCUUGCUGGCAACAAACUCGGUCUGAGAGAAAAACAGCCACCCUUGCAGACACUUCGAAAACAUGUCUGGAAACUGCUUCUGCCUUGACCAGAGCAGCAAAUUCUGUGCAGCAAGCUACUCCAACUCACCCAUUUACUCCUUGUGAGGACUCAACGUAUCCAAGUAAGGAACCUACUAUCUCUGAGACGCCCACGAAUUCCGAAAAAAAUGGCGAAAAGAUCUCUAAGAAAGUCGAUCAGGAGAGUGUGAGGGUAGCAGAGAGUGAUGAAUUUGAUGUACAGAAUGCUGAGAUGUUUGCCCAGAUGAUGGGUUUUGACCCAAAUCCAGUGACGACUGUGGAUAGUAGUGAAGACAGCGACAGCGCUGAUACCUCAACAUCUCCAUCCUUUAUGAGCAACUUGAUGCACGAAGACUCCGGUCUUCAGGUGCUACAUGCCGAAACGGGUCUGCUGAAGUCAAGCCAAGAAAGCCAAGUGAACCAAUCAAAGUCAGAAACCAGUUUAUCCCCAGAAUCAGUCAGUACUUCAAAAGUGGCCGUUACAGAUUCAGAAACAUCUUGCUCAGAGCUUCCGUCCUCUAGCAAGGGUCCCGUGCGAAUCCCUUUAGAGCAGCUCCAGAUGGAGAAAAUUUCAACAGAAGAUUUUGAAGUUGUUGUUAUAGAAGUUGAAAACCCAAGCUGCGUGUGGGUUCAUUCGUGUGCCUCCGACGCCUUUGAAAGACGAAACCAACUGAAGAGUAUUCUUCAAGCGACAUACCGUGAUUCUGUGUUUGAAAAUUAUGCGCCAAGUGUUGGUGAAGUAUGCGUUGCCCAAUUUAGCUUUGACAAUUGCUGGUAUAGAGUGAAAGUUGAUUUGGUUAUCAGUGCAGGAACCAUGAGAUGUACAUACAUAGACUUCGGUAAUCAGGAGGACAUUGCAGUACACAAAAUACGUCGCAUAACAGAGGACCUACUCAGUCUUCCCAGACAAGCUCUCAAGAUGUCCCUGUAUGGAAUCACGAGUACCUCUCCAUCAGGUGUUUGGUCUUUGGAAUCAACCAUUUUUCUAAAGAGUGAAAUCUUAGCGAAAAGGUGUAAAGUUCGAGUACGUGAACAAGCUGAUGAAACAUUGUAUGUGGAAUUGUCAGCUGCUCAUGGAACACGCAUGUGUGAAACAGUCAAUAAAACCCUAAUAAAAGCUGGCUUUGCUGAAAUAAAGAGUCAAGGAGAUCAAGCCAACGGAUCACAUGGACAAGACGAUGUGUGCGCGGAACAAAUAGGCAGCUCUGACAAGUCACCUUAUUUUGGCGACAUUUCUGCGAAGAGGCCGUUGAAUACUCAUCCGUAUGAGGAAGGGAGGAAUCCUCCUAGACUUCACAGUCAAUCAAAGGGAGGUAAAGUGCCAUUUGAAAUCGUCGUCAACGCCAUUGUGAAUCCAUGGGAAUUCUACGCAAUGAAGACUGAAAAACAAUUGAUAGACAAGCUCAGAUCAUUAAUGGAAAAUUUAAAUCAUCACCUAUCCAAGAAUCCUUGUACUAUCGAAUGUUUAGCACGUCUUUCUCCCGGUGAUAUGUGCGCUGCCCAAUUCUCGCAGGAUAAAGUUUGGUAUCGUGCUGUUGUCUUAGAACAAGUUCUCGAUGGCUACAGGGUUCGUUAUGUAGACUUUGGAAACAGUGAAGUGGUGCAAGAAGGCAACGUAUGGCCUCUACCUCAAGAGUUUCAGAGAUUACCCCCACUUUCAUUGACUUGUUCACUAGCAGGUGUGAAGAAACCAAAGACACAGGGUUGGAGCCUGGAGGCUAUACAAGAAUUCAAGGCUUUGGUGGCUGAUAGAACAUUUUUGUGUAGGAUUGUUUACACGCAUGGAGUCACCAAUAUUGUUGAAUUACUUGAUCCAAACCGUGGUGGAGAGGAGUCAAUAGCCAACUCACUUAUAGGGGCAGGUAUAUGUUAAUAAAUUAUUUUUUAUUGGUUUCUUUGAAACGUCUUCAUUUGGCACGAAAAUGUGCAUGGAUAUUUGUUCGCGCACAUUAUCUGUUCCGAGAUGCGAAGAGUUUUCCGAGAUGCGAAGAGUUUUCCGAGAGCGUAGCUCGAGGAAAACUGUGAGUUCUAAGGAACAGAUAAUGUCCAAGAAUAAAUAUAUUAGCAUAUCGUGCUUCUGGAGACUUCUGUGCCCAUUAUCCUUUAAAUAUUUUUGCCACGAGCGGGCAAAAAAAUGUUAAGGGACAGCUUACCGUUUGCUGUGUGGGAUGUUCACUGUUCAGUAUUGUCUGGUACAACUACAUGAACAAACAGAUAUGGCCUCUAGUGGACAGUUCAAACCCCAUUUCAAGUUUUAUGCCAUUAAUGGGAGCCUUUCUGAGACGCCAUUGACGACACAUAUUACCAAAACAUAUCACACCUGAGAGAUGACAUCUAGUUGUGAUCACGAAGAAAUGUUAUUCAUUGAUUUUCCCCAAACUGAAUAAAAGCUUUCGCUUUCUCUUAGCGACCGUAAGGGGGGAAUAUCUUUUCUGUGACCAUUUCCACUUUGCUUACGUGCUCUGUAGAUAGUGGAUACCAGGUUUGCCUGAGGGAAUCCAGGUCUGCGUGCCUCAAAGCUAACCAAAGUAUUUAUGCUUAACUUUACUCAGGUCUUGCCGAUCCAUUCUUACCCAAAGAAGGUCACAAGCAACAAAUUAAUUCAAGAAGGGAGAUGCUAUCUAUAACGCCACAGCGUUUGAGAAAUGGAGAAAAUUCAGUGAACAAGGACCCUUCGAAUGUUGUCACAGAUCCAUUGAACCAACUAUGGCCCAAUAUUGAUGGGGGAGGUUCGUUGCCAAAAGAUCAAAUACUAGACAUGACUGAAAAGGAAAGAAUAGAAUCUGUUGUCUUUGAAUCAGCUAUCGAAGCAGUGACGUUGGCUCAAGAUUCUGAAUUUGAUAUUCUGGUAACUGAAGUGGUUUCUCCUGGGCUUAUUUUCUCUCAGCUAGGAACGGUAGGAUCUUUGCAGAUUGCUGUCAAGUUGACCGAGGAUAUGAAUUUGCAUUAUAACUCAGCGACCUACCCACCUUUUGUUCCACGCCAGAAUAGCCUGUGUGCGGCGCACUUUGCUGGAAGCGGGGACUGGUGUCGAGCAUUUAUCAAAGGAGUCUCUCCUGAUGGGUCUGUCUCUGUGCAAUAUGUGGAUUACGGAAACACUGAAAUACUUCCACCAAAUCGCCUACGGCCUCUAAUUCCCCAGUUUGAUUCCAGUGCCUUGUCUUUUUUAGCACUGAGAUGUUCGUUGGCAAAUAUUGUCUCUCUUGACAAAUCGGAAUGGUCUGAUGAAGCGGUGGCGUUCGUUAAAGCCCAUCUUCCGUUAUUCAGUAGACGGACAGUUCGCUUGGUUGGAAGACAGAAAGGAAUACUAUUUUUGGAGGUGAAAGUAGAAGAUGAAAGUGUAAGUUCAAUGCUGGUAAAUCGGGGGCUAGCAAGAGCAAUGGCGAAAGGCUACCAACAUCGGCAUCUGAAUGUGAAAGAGUCUACGCCAACUGCUAGACGAUUGGUGGCAGUUGACCGAAAUGUCCUUUCAAACGGCCGUUGUAAAGGGCACGCCUCAAGCGCAUUGGAGUCCUUGGUAUUCUGCCCCGCAAUUCAGGCAGCUGUUUUACCACAAGACAAUUCACUUUUUGAUGUUAUGAUCACGGAGGUAACAAAAUCAGGUGUUUUCUUCAUACAAGUAAUGGACUUUUAUACUGCCCUUAGCUUACAGAAGCUUUCAGAGAAGAUGAAUUCGUCUUAUAAUUCGUCACCGUCAAGUUCCUACAAACCUCAACCAAACCAUUUUUGUGCUGCUCAGUUUACCGAAACGGGUGACUGGUGCCGUGCAUUUAUCAAAGAAGUAACUUCUCAGAAUUUGGUGGAGGUACAUUACGUUGACUUUGGGAACACAGAGAAACUUCCGGUGUCAAGUAUCAAGCCUCUGAUGGAUAGCCUAACAACAUACCCUUUUUUCGCUCUACCAUGCUCAUUAGCAAAUUUGCCACGACCCGAAUCUCUUGGAGGGGAAGAUAAAACAAUGGAACUGAUCAAGGAAAAAGUUCCCCUUUUUCAACGUGUUAGUGCCAAAAUAAUGGCCAAACAUCGUGGUAUGCUACUUGUCGACUUAAUGGUUUCAAAGGAUCAGCCUCAGUUUCUUAGUCAACUACUGCUGAACGAAGGGCUCGCUCUGAAGUCAGUUGUAAAUGAAAGCCAACGCGAGGAUAAUCAAAUGGAAAUUGAGAUGAAACGUUCGCAAAUACAGGAUUCAUUGGAGGAUGCAUCAACUUCAAAACCUCACGGGAGCAUUGAGUCCCUCGUAUUUCAGCCAGCUAUCCAGUCAGUUGCAGGUUUCGAUUCCUUUCAUGCCAUGCUAACCGAAGUUGUGUCUCCUUCUUCACUUUUUAUUCAGAUUUUGAGCCACGAGAAAGUUGAAAGGAUGAAGCAUCUGUCAGCAAACCUGAAUGCUCACUAUAAUAAUACAAAUUAUCCUCCUUUCAAGGCCCAGGCUAGCGUUCUGUGCGCUGGAUUUUUCUCCGAAAGUGGGGACUGGUGUCGAGCUUUCAUCAAAAGUGUGAAUGCGAAUGGCUCAAUUAACCUUCAUUAUUUGGAUUAUGGAAACAGUAAAGUCUGUUCGUCAUCCCAAAUAAGACCUUUAGAGAAACAUUUUCAGAACCUACCACCUAUGGCGUUAAAGUGCUCAUUAUACGGAAUUGGUCCUGUGCAGUCGACUGGAUGGGCGGAAGAUACCUGUAAAGCGUUGCUUUCCCAAGUGCCCCUAUUCAGCCGCCUGGAAGUGAAAGUGAUAAAGAAAGAAAAUGAAUCGCUGUUUAUUGAUGCUAUAUCUCCACUUACCCCACAACAAGUAACAUUGAACCAGUUUCUUGUAAAUCACGGUAUGGCUCAGUGGCAAGAUUUCUCAAGUGCACCAAAAGAUGUUUAUACGUCUGAGGAAGAAGUAAAUACAAGGGAACACGCUUCGUGGACAGCGCAGUUUGCCUUUGAAGCUCUUAGUGGUAACAGCAAUCGCUUUUAUGUGUCCAAAAUCCCUUUGGUGGAUAUUUCACAGAGCGACUCUAUCCAAGUUCUUAUAAGUGAGGUUCAACGACCAGACAAGAUUUUCUUUCAAGUCCUGAACGAAGAAAACGCUCACGGACUUGAUGCUCUUUCACGAAAAUUAAAUACCUAUUGUUGUGAGGUAGAGAAUAGUCCCUAUAAACCAGUUCUGGGGGAGCUUUGUUGCGCCCGUUUUAACCAAGACGGUGUUUGGUAUCGAGCCGCAGUUGAACAGGAACUGUCAGAAUCCAGGAUGUCAGUGUUAUUCGUGGAUUAUGGUAAUCAAGACUCAGUCACAGUUGAUUCGGUAAGACGAAUUACCGCUGAAUUUACACAACUUCCUUUGCAAGCCAGGCAGUGUUUUUUGACAGGCAUACUCCCCGUGUCGCAGUCAUGGUCGUCCGAUGCGGUUAACUUCUUAAGAGGGCGCAUAUUGGGUGAGACGUUUGUUGCUCAGAUUGAAAAUGUUUCUGAAGAAAGCGUAGGCGUUCAUCUGUUUGAACAUCACCAAAGAAAUUUGCCUCCUCAUAUUUCCGUCAAUCAAGAUAUGGUCGAGCACGAUCUUGCUCGCAUUCAAGCGCAAUCCGUUUGCUCGAAGGUAUAAACUCUGUUUUCAAACGAACACUUCGAUGUUGUAAUUACGGAGGUAACACAUCCAGGGGAUAUGUGGGGACAAGUCCUUCAUGCUGAGUCGCACAACAUGUUCCGUUUAUUUACGGAGCAAUAGAACCGAUACUGUGUAUCUGCGGCACCUUUCUUAACGUUUAUUCUCAAUCUCAGUGAGGAUUGUUCUGUACUGUUCUCGCAGGAUGAUACAUGGUACAGAGCAUGUGUGUUGGAAUGACUUGAAUCAAGAAAGAAAUUAGUUCAGUUUGUAGACUUUGGAAAUAGUUAAACGGUAUCACCUGACAAGAUGAGAUCUCUAAAGGACGACUUUGUUUACCUCCCUGCACAAUUGUUUGAGUUAAGCCUUGCAAACCUUCGUCGUCUACAUCAGAUUUGGAGUCAAGAAGCACUGGAUUCGCUCAAAAGUACAGUAAACCGAAAGUUGAAGGUGACAAUUGUUCAUCGUUAGCCAGACCAGUUGAAUGUGUUACUUAAAGACUGGAAUGUUCCCGAUGGUCCGCUUCGUAUCAAAAAUUUACAUGUGCUUAUUAUAACAAAUUGCUAUCAUGCGCACUUUCCAUGGAAAAAUCGCUCUAUAUUAUACUCUUCUUGAGCAACAACUAAUUUCUCAUGCUGCCAAGGACUUAUCAUGUCAAUACCAAACCAAAAACGUUUGUAAUUUGAUAUUUUUGCUUUUUGUAAUUUGUACCUGUGUUACAACUUUGCGCAUGUGGUACAACUUUGCAUUCAUCUUACAUUAAAAGUGCAUUUUGUUUUCAGCCAAUCAGAAGCGCUCAACUUUAUCUUAUAUUGUUAGGUGAGUUAUCUUGCUCGUAAUUUAUCACUCGUACGAUUGAAAAAAACAAAGAUAUACAUGGAAAAAUUUCUUAAUUUUAAUUGCUUGAGAGAAAUGCAGGUUUCACUUACGCAAACAGAUGGAAGAUAAUACAGUUUAUAAUGUACAUAAAAAAAUUGCGCACUUUUGAUUGGCUGAAAACGAGUGCAUUCUCAUGAAACACGAAUGCACGAAUCAAAGUAGCACGCUUUCAAAUUUUGUCUGGAGUUUCUGCGAUGUUUUUUCAUGUACAGUAUUAACAAGUAUUAACAUGAUUUCUCGUUCAAUUUGUUGUAAUAAGCAUAUGUAAAUUUUUCAAAUACUACAAAUUGCUCUUGCCCUCGGACUCGUGCAAUUUUGUUGUCUUUGAAAAAUUGACUCGUGCUUAUUUACUCCGAAUUUUGCUCGAAAUCAUGGUAUUACCGAUACUUAUUGAGUGCAAAAAGUUGACAAUUCGUUAACCCGGGUUAAGAAUUUUUUUGCGACUUAAAAACAGCAACAACAAAAAAACUUUAAGUUUGCUGCCAAUGACUAAUUAUGUCAACGACAAAUUUAUUUCACUGAAUUGCACUCGAAGUCAUGUUAUUACCUAUACUAAUUUGGUGCAAAAAAGUUAACAAACUGUGAAGCUGGGUUAAGAAUUUUUUUGUGACUUAAAACAACAACAA